AUGCAGAUUCCUUCUCCGGGCGGGCCGCGGGAGAAUCUUACCGACGUCGAUCGCCAAGUAAGUCUGGACGCUCGCGCAAACAAGCCCUCUCAAGUCCUAAUCACAACCUCAGCUUCGCAAGACCGACGCCGUGGCCGCGGGCGAUCCCGUUCACCCGUCAUUGACCGCUAUGAACCAUCCGAUCGCCGUAGAGACGAUUUCUACAAUGGCUCUCGAGAUACUGCCGCGCGCGAGCGGGAGGAUCGUCGCCGAGCCCCAUCUCCGACUGUUGCGAAUAUAGAUCGCUAUGUGCCUGGCCAGGACGGUGGCAAACGCACAAUACCUACGAACCUUAUUCCCCACCCAUUAAGUCUUGAUUCGCAGGCUGGGUUCUCUUAUUUCGCUGAAUGGUGGCGGAUGGAACAAUCUGUGAAUGAGGAGAAGGAACGUGCUAAGCACGGUGGCCGUCGCCCAUCCGACCGCGUAAAAGGAGAGCGCGAGGCGCGCGACGAUCGGGAGAGAGAACGCGCUCAGAUCCAGGAGGCCUACGAUAAGUACAAAGUGGAGCUUCAAAUCAAGCUGGCGCGACAAUUCGUACAACAACACCGGAACGAAGAAUGGUUCAAAGAGCGCUAUUUCCCAGAAGUUCGAGACCCAAUUCGCCGCCGGUUGGCUGAAUUCCGCAAAGGCGCGUUUGAGCAAUGGUCUCAUGAUGUGAAUGCUGGUGUCUUCGAUGACUUUACCCUAGAGGGAAUCUACAAGCACGAGAGCGAUGGCGCAGGUGGAAUUGUUGAGAAGGAGGAAGGCGAGACAACUGCCGUUGGUGAAACUAUGGGUGUCCAGGACUUACUUCCUGUACGAGGAGGGGAGCUCCGUGAUGAUGCUCUUUCUACGCCAACUCUGCUCAUCAAAACUCUAGCUCCCAAUGUCAGCCGCAAUAACAUUGAGGAAUUCUGCAAGGAGCACCUUGGCGAAAACGACGGAGGGUUCAAGUUCCUUAGCUUGAGUGACCCUAACCCGUCAAAGAAGUUUCACCGUAUAGGGUGGAUCAUGCUGAACCCAGCACAAUACAGUACCUCCGCGGACCGUGGUGACGGCCGCGAUGAAGAAGGCCAAGAGCCGGACCAAGAGAUCGACCCUACGGCCGGCGUGGCAGAGAAGGCCGUGGAAGCAGUCAACGACAAAACAAUCCAUGAUGCUGUCCACGGCGAUUUCGUUUGCCACGUUGGUGUUCAUGUUCCUCCUGCACAGCCUCGCAAGAAGGCUCUUUGGGACCUCUUCUCCGCACCAGAACGGAUUGAUCGCGAUCUCGACCUUGCGCAACGAUUGGCUGCAAAAUUCGAUGUCGAGCUGGGAGACGAUGUUCAUGGGUUUGCGAAAAUUGAAGAGCGUGUUGAAGACCUGCGUGGCAAAGGUUGGCUUCAGCCCCCUGUUACCGGACCUGUCAAAGUCAAGAAGCAGAACAAUGGCUUCGGAGGGGACAGCCCUGAAGAUGAGGAAAUGGAAGAGGGCGAAGAGAAAGAGUCGUCCGAGGAGGAUGAAGUAGACGAUGAAGAACUUCUGGCGAAGAAAAAGAAACUUGACCUCACUGUGGAGUAUCUUCGUCGUGUUUACAAUUUCUGCUUUUUCUGCGUCUUUGAAAGCGACUCGGUGCAUGAACUUGGCCGAAAGUGUCCCGGUGGUCAUCUCCGUCGCCCUCGCGCUGGUCUUUCUACGCAGGCUAGGCAGGUUGCUCGCGCGAGCGCUUCAAACCAACCCUUUCCAAUCAAGAGGAACGAACCUAGUGAAGAGGGAGAGGAAGCAGGCUCACCGGUCCAAGAGAAAAAACGGCUUACCAAGCCUGAACAGCAGAUGCAGCGCGCUUUCAACUGGGUGAAGACCUUUGAAGACAAAGUUUUGCAGAUUCUAGAGCCGGAAAAUGCCGAUUUGAAUAAGCUAGGAGGCAAGCCUGUAGAGCAGGCUCUCGAGGACGAACUGUCGAAGUACGUCAAACAAGAAGACGACUCACGAUUCCGUUGCAAAGUUCCCGAAUGUACGAAACUUUUCAAAGCAGAGAACUUCUGGCGGAAGCACGUUGAAAAGCGUCACCCAGAAUGGCUGGAAAACAUUCGCCGCGAUCUGUCCCUUGUCAAUGCUUAUGUCCUUGACCCGUCGCGUAUCGCCCCAUCACGCUCCGAUGCUAAUAGCAAUGGCCAUUUCCCCACUGUGGCCCAUGGAGCCGCCAAUGGAACGCCUCGUGGAUUCAGAAUCAUGAACAUGCCUCCAUUUGGUAGUUCUGGACAUAUCCCUGGCGGGUUUCCGAACGGAAUGCCAGGUUUUGUUGGCCCGCCCGACAGCUGGAAUCCAAGCGUGGCUGUUGGCAGUGAUAUUGCUGCGAUGCACCAUCCUGGAGUUAUGCGCCGUGGCCAGAAUCGUCACAAUAACAACCGUCCAGGUCCCUAUGACCGUCGCCGUAAUAAUAGCGGCCGACUCAGCCCGGUCCGCAUGACACCGUACGGCCGACUCCCUCCUGGUAUGAUGCCCAUUCCAGCCGGCCACCCAGCCGCUUCCAUGGCACCUCAAUUCCCUGAUGCGGGCACAGGGGCCCAGACGAUGGCGCCCCGGGAAGCAGUCCAAGGCCGUCAAUUGAAGAGCUACGAAGACCUCGAUGCGGUGGGCGGAUCUGAGGGUGGAGAACUCAACUAUUAG